AUGGCUCCCCAAUCAUUCAAUCAGGCAUAUGCAGUGAAUAGAAAUGUUGGAUAUUCCAACCCAUCAAGAAACCAGCAGGUGGACCUCACUCUCAGGCUUGGAUCAUUCCAAUUUGCUAAUCCUAUUCCCAUGAACCCUCAAUAUGCCCCACCCAAUUACUUCACUGGCCCUCACACUCAGGCACAAUAUCACAAUGGCAUGGUUUAUGGGGGAAGCAACACUCGAGGACAAGCCUCCAACACUCCCCGUGUUCCAUGCUCGACACAAGUGAGGAUCAUGGGAAACCAUUUCAUGAAAAAUUCAAAUGGGCAAAGUCAGAUUGCUGUUGCUGUUGGGGGAGUUCAUCAUCACAUCUACAACUUCAUCCCUCCAAUGCAGCAAAUGAAUGAGUACACACUGCUCAAUCCCUCUUCUAGGAGAGGCAAUGGCAGCUCGUCUUCACGUAAGAGGAGCUCACGCAAACGUGAGGUGAAUUACAAUGACCCGAAUAAGAGGUGUACAAACUAUAACUGCGGCGUUAAUAAUACCCCAAUGUGGCGCAAAGGUCCUCUUGGUCCUAAGAGCCUUUGCAAUGCUUGUGGGAUCAGGUAUAGAAAGGAAGAAGAGAAAAAGAAAGCUGCUAAGGCGGCUGUCGAAAACCCUUGCCCAAUCACUGAUCAGGAGUGA